AUGUGUCUCCCCUCCCAGGCCUGCAGAGGGCGCACCAGCCUGGGAAGGGAGGCUCUGGAGUGGGCGCCGCUCUGGCUGAGGGGUGGGUGGGCGCUGGCGGGUGGGGGGUGCUCUAGCAAGGGCGGGGUGCGGGCCCGACCCGGCGGGCUGCUCAGAGAGACUGAGAAGGGCGUUGGGCCCAAAGUCCGUGGGCCUGGCACGGCCUCUGGUGCUGUCCCCGCUCCAGGCCCCCCCUGGUCCCGAGGCAGAGGGUCCGGCCCCGGGUCCCAGCGCGCGGGUCCCGGCACACGGGCGGAACGUGCAGAAGGGAGACUCGGGCUGCGGGUGGGACCCGGAGCCCCAGGACCUGGGGUCGGCGUGGGCCCGGGAAGCCCCCGGGCGGCGAUUACCCCGGGCCGAGCACAGCGGCUGUCCCGCCAAAUCUCUGCCACUCGGGCCCUUAAAUCUGCGGGUACUCGGCUGGGCAGGCUGGGACGCAUGGGCGGCCGGAGGCCGGUGUUUUUCCCCUGUUUGCCUUUGGAGAACCGAGGACCGCGGCGACGAUGCUGCCUCCUAGUGGCGGAGCCGGGCAAUGAGGCCAAGUGGAGUUUAACAUCCCGUCCGCUGUGGGUAUUCUGAACCGAAAUUGGC